UGUGUAAUCUGUGUGAAAUGGGUUCGCAAGGUUUUUGUGAAGUGUUUUUUAGUCUCCUAGUGUUAUUUAUAACCCUUGUUCGAUCUGAAUUAUCAGCCGAGCAAGUCCCUCAAAAUCCAAGUAGUGCACAAAUUCUACCUAGUUCCUGCAGAAAUGGUUUAAAUGGUAGUACUUCUGGUCCGGCGAUUCGUCUGCCCUUUGUGGAUAUGUUGGUGCGCCACGAGCACCCACUUUUCAUACUCCGCGAACCGGAUGAGGAUUUACUAUUGCUGCUCCAUGGAUCCAAGAUUUACCAAUUCCACGUGGCCACUGGCGAGCGGCGAUUGGUGCCUCUUGGAAAUUUGGCCGGUCAGGUAAGGUCAGAUCGCAGAGCUUUGGGAGCAGAGGUUGUGGCCUGGCGCCAGUUCCUGCUCCUAGCCAUCGUCCUCGAGGAUUCCCUGGAGGUGUACCAACUGCCCAAGGAACUUCUACUCUCCGAGGAUCCCGCCACGCAACUGAGUUUCGAGCCCCUGCAGGAGUUCUCGGUGCCAGGAGGAUUUCUUCAGCUCCACCUUCUGAAACCCAGUGCCGAACAGGUGCUCCUACUGGUGGCCUCCAAUUAUACCAGGUCACACAGCAAGUGCAGAACCUUUGAGUGGCUGGACACGUUCUUUAAUCCGCUUGAAGAGAUAACCUUACCCGCCAUCCGAGUUCUCCAAGUGGUGGGUCAUCAGCCGCUCUAUAUAAUAUUUGGACGAUCUUUGAGGGGCUCUCAGUCAAAGCUGGUGCUGACUGUCUACGAGGUGGAUAAGAACACUCGAACCCUGCAACAUCGACAGGCCUUGACUGUCCAGGCCCAAAGUGUCCAGGCUGCCAGAUUUCGAGGGCGGAACUGUCUCAUCGCCUGCAAUGCGCCUCCGUCCACUUCCUGUCUCUUCUUCCGAAUGGUGGAUGGCCAAUUUGUGGUUUAUCGAAAGCACGCUCGAAGGGAUUUGAGUUUCCAUCGAUUGAGCGCCACCAAAAAGGGUCAGCUUCUGAUCGGAGCUCGUUCCAAUGGAGAGGUGAUCGUGUUCAGCUCGACUCGCCUGGAUUGCUAUAGUGGAUUUCAAGUGGCUGGUGAAUCGGAACCAAGUGGUUUACUUACCCAUCGAAACGGGCGCAAUGAGAGUUUCCUGCUGCUGGCCUAUCGAACAUCCUCGAGCGAUCUGAUUCGAACUGUGCAGCUGGAAGGCGUGGAAGAGACCUCUAACCAAGUGGGCGCCACCGCUCCAGAUGAAGAUCUUAGUGUGACCCAGUUGCAUCGCCAUGAGUUUGAGGAGUCCAUUAAUGCCUUGCGUAGUCUCCUGUUGCGCCGUCGAUCUUCAAUGGAAAUCCUGCGAAGCCGAUAUAACUCCUUGAAGCAAAGAUCUGGCAUACGCCUGGAAAAACCACUGCAUCUGUUGGAGAAGGGACACAUUGAGCGACUGUACCUGGAGGACGACCAGCUGAGCACUCCAACUCAGCUAAAGAAACGCUUGGACGAACUUCGUCAGCGAUUUGGAGCAAACCGAAACAGGAGAACUCCUCGAGCUUUUGGCACAGGAAAUGAGAAUGAUGAGGUGGAAAAACUCAAAGUGCAACGAUUGCGUGUGGGUAACCUUAUAUACCAAGGACAAAUGAUGCCAGGCCACAUCCUGGAUAAUUCAGAGCCCCCAUUGUUGACCAUCAAAAACAGUCGUCUGCUGACCAAGACACUAAAAACGAAGGAACUGCUGACACCACAAGAUUUCCACAACUCCAGUCGUUCCCCGAUUCCUCCAGAGGACCCAAAUGGUAAUGAAUGUGUAGUGCGUAACCUCCAAGUGGGGCAGAUCAAUGGAGUGCCCUGGAAUGAGUUUUUGGACUCCCUCUUUCUGCGCACCCGAGACACUUUGCUAAAGGGACGACUUGUGAUGCAAUCGAGAGUGCGGGUGAACGACCUCCAGACCCCUUUGCUCAACGGACUGGUGGUGGAUAAGCUUUUCAACCUGCGACGUGCUCAGGUGAUCAGCUCUAAUAUUUACAUGUCCGCUUUUUUUGCUCCCCGUUUGGAGGCAAAGCGAGUAAAUGGCCUUGACUUGGCUCAGGAUGUCGUCAUUCGCGGUGGCAAUGAUACUUGGGUAAAAACUCCUGUUCGCAUCAAUCAGAUGAGUGUAUCGGGUGACAUUCAGGUGGCCAAUCAGAGCAAGUGGCAGCCACAACCUAGACAACUCAACGAGCCGGAAGAGCAACGUCUUCAGCAGUACUACACGGGCAGAGUGACCAUCCGGGGUUCCCUGACGGUCAGAAAUGUGCAGAGGGAUAUGGGAAACUCACUUGUUCUACUGGGAAACCAAUCUCUGGCCAGAAGUGAUCUUCACUCCCAGUACCUUCUGAAUCAGACGUCACAGAACAUCGCCAAUUUGACCUUUGGACACGCUAAGGUCACUACACCUUCACUGACCACCAGCUAUAUUAAAGGACAUCCAUUGAGGGAUCAUCUGCUCAGCGGAGGACACAAAAAUAACCACACCUAUCCGAACCGGACUCUACACAUCAUCUUCAUGAAUGCCAGUGUUCAAGGAGAUAUUGUUUGCAGAGAUUACAGCUCCCGUCUGGCGGAGAUCUCUAGGGAUGCAGUGCGUCUUGGCCAGGAGGCAAAUAUCACGGGUCACAAAAUGUUUAAGGCACCUCUAACUGUGCAAGCCCUUCAAACCAAUCAAGUGAAUGGAAUGCCAGUGAGCGAACUAGUGCUUAAAUCUAACACCACCCAGAACCUUAAUGGAACCAAAAGUUUUGCACGCUUAGUGGUGACUGAUGAGCUAAAGGUGCACAAUCACUUGAAUGUGAGUCGUCUAAAUGGAAUGCCAUUACAGCAGCUUCUUGGUCACGAUCUUAGUCUGCAGCGUCUGGAAUUGACGGAAAUGCCACAUUUGAAGAAUCUUAACUUCCGUCGACUCAACGGGUUGCCCUUUGAUGAACUGAUCUCGAAGAUUUCGGAGGGAAAUGAACAGCCCCUACUCCUUCGCAAGCAACUUCUUAUCGAGGGUAAUGUGCGCUUCGAACAGCCUCUUCAAGUGCAAAGUAUUAAUGAAAUCCAAUGGGAAGAUUAUCUUAGUCGCCUGGUGAGACCCGAUGUCAAUACGGAGUUACGAGGAAAGAAGACCUUCCUGGCGGAUGUUCAAAUAAACGAUGCUCUUCAUGCUCCUCACAUAAACGGCAUCGAUCUAAGUUCCCUGCUGGAUAACACUUUGCUGCGAAUGACACCCCAGCAAAUCAGUGGUGCCUACACUUUUGGCCGGAUAAUGGCCACCAAUGUGGAUGUUUCGCAAAUAAAUGGGGUACCAAAAGAAGAAUUCCUUGACACGCAAAAGGAUUUGGAACUUAAAGGUGAUCUCUACCUAAAGCAGCUCAACAUCAAUGGCAAUUUAAAGUGUCCCUUGGUAAAUGAGCCAGGUUUGGGUGACCUUAAGCAACGCGUAGAGCGAGUGCAGCAACUUCCCUGGCGGAAUUUGAUAGUCACCGGUGACGCUCUAUGGGAUGGUGAGGAGCAGACCCAAUCCCAACUGGAUUAUCUGCGUCAGCAUGCUGUGAGGAAAGAGGGAAAUCAGAGCAUUGCAGGUCAUGUGCUCCUGAAGGAACCCUACUUGAAGAAUGUCCAGAGCAAGCAAUCCCUUCCUGUUCAACUCAAUUUCACCCAAUUGGCCGAAGAUGCCCUACUCCGUCGUAGUACCUCAAACGAAAGCCAGGUGAUCACAGCUCCCCAAGAGCUGCUGGGGUCAGUUAAAGCUCAGACCCUUCACUUAGAGAAGGAUGCAGAUUUUGGACUGGUCAACGGAAUCGAUAUUGGCCGACUCAAUGCCUCACUGUACCGCAUCUCCAGCGGUGAUGCCAUUGCAGCGGAUCUUCACUUUAUCCAGGCACCUCAAAUAGGCAAACUUCGACUCACAAAUCCAGAAGUUAAUGGCGCUCCAAUUGAGAAUAUUUACCAGCAGGGCAAAGGACAACCCUGGCCAGCAAUGAAAUUCAAACAGCUCCUUGUCGAAGAGGAUCUCAAUUUGGAAACCGUAAACGAAAUGAGUUUGGCAUACUUUCUUCAGCAUCGCAUUCCCCUGAAGGGAGAAGCUUUGGAGGUAUUUGGAUCGCUGAGUUUUGAGCACCUUGAGCUGGACGGGCAACCUCUUCUUCGUUCCAUCAAUGGCAUUCCGCUGGAGAACUUGGUGUUCCGACAUAGCAAACUGGCGCAAAGUAUCUCGGGUGCGAAGACUUUCCACGGCGGUGUAGAGUUCACAGGACCCGGUCAUGUAAUGAAUCUAAAUGGCCGCGAUCUCAGCGAGAGUUAUAGGGGCAGCAUCUUUCGGAACAGGGACUACAAUAUUGAUAGUCUAGUCCUGGACAAAGCCCUCUUUCCCGGAGGUCUUGUUUUGGCGGGAAGUCAAAGUCAGUUUCCCGCUCAAAUGCGAGCAAUGGAAAGUCAAAGCAAUCAAUUGGAGGAGCUACAGGAGCUUCUCACUAUGGGUAAUGACAGCUCCCAUAGGCGAUUGCUUUACUUGGAUCAUGACGUUGAAACACUGGCUAUUACUUGGGUGAAGCCCCCUUUGAAGGGAUCACCGGAGCUGCAGAUGAGCUUACCCUUGGGUGACACUGCUCCCUGUCAACGUCGCAGUUUACAGGCCCAGCUUCAGAUCUCCCAAGGCCGUGUGCUCCUCGCCAAUGUGAGUGUGUCCAAUCAACUGAUGCGACUGAAUUCCGGUGAUGUCAGGGUGAAGGUGCAGAAUCACUGUCAUCGUCCAGCCAGGAGACUACGCAGUAGGAUCAGCAUUAGUUGCCGCAAUAGUUCACAUACCCUGGGAAUGCGUCAGCCAGUGGAGGCUAUGGAAUUAAUGGAACUACAGAAUAUGGUACUACUGCUUUUGAGCACCGAAGAGGAAGUUCGUGUCUUGCGAUUAAAGAGGAGUAACUGUAGCCUCACCGAUUGGCAAUCCGUGUUGCCAGCAGAUGGACGCCUAAUGAAAGUGAUUCGAAUGGGGGUAGAAUCUCAGGAAGAAGACCUACUUCUCACCAGUGGUAUGCGAAAUCAUCGUCCUGUCUUGGCCAUCCACUUGAGGGAUCCUUUAAGCCAUAACUUUAAAUUGCACCAGUUGAUCCAGGGCUCCUACGAUCUGGCAGAGAUGCAAGAGAAUCAACUAAUGGUCAGCUGCCUGGGUUGCCGACAUAUAGCCAUAUUUAAACGAAAAUCCACACCCGAGGAAAUCCACUUUAAACCCAUUCAACAGCUGAGCUUCCAGGAGCGCAUUCAACAGUUAACCCCAUUCAAAGUUGGCCAAGAGCAGUAUCUUUUGGUAAUAACGCAACCGGAAGAACAGCACUUUUUCCUAUUCAGCUACAAUCAAGUGGGCGGUUGGCAACAACAAACAUUUGGCUAUAAGAAACAGCACCAGUGGGCGUGGCCUUUGGUAAAAUCUGGCCAAAGACUGCAAUCAAUAGAUGUCCCUAUUCUGCUGCUCUGUGGAAAGGAAAGAGAAUGCAGUCUAGUAAAAGCUGUGUUGGGUUAA